GGCGAUGCGCGUGAGGUGCAGUGAUGAUGAACUUUCUGAAUCUUGAGCUUGGACAAGGCGCUCGGACGGAACGCUGCGGUGACGGAACGCCGCGGUGAUGGAGGUUGCAACACCAAAAGCUCUCUUUUCCACUUUAGAGACAGAUAUCCAAAAUUAUCGACCGAUAUACUGUGUGCCUUCUUUGUUUAUCGUUCAUAAGUGCCAGUCGCCUCGGUCAAUGUCGAAACACCCAUACCCAAGUAUUGGUGUGGCGUUGUGGGACAAGACGUCACGCCUCAUGAGGACCCCUCUGGCAAGGGACUGAACCCUGAAGUGUUGAUGAUGGUAUCAUCAUGUCUGGCAAUGGUACCGAUUUGACCCUGGAGCACUAUGUAUCUAAAAUGCCAAUUGCCAGGAGAGCUAUGAAAUUGAAACCUCCACUCAUCACUACAAAUCUCCAAUGAAAACCUCCAACAGUACUCUUGACUUGCAACGACUUUGUCUUGGCCUGGUCACGCCCCACGCUGCUGGGCAUCGUCACCGCUUCUUAACGAAGCUCUUUGCUCUUACAAAAGCAUAUCGCAGAGGGCUGCCCAGCAUCGAGGCUGUCUUCAAGACAUGCGGUCUUCCCCCGACACUACACCGCAGAAAAAAGGCCACGGAGCUCGCAUCAGCUCUGGAGGUGUACAAUCUCCACUUUUCGCAUCUGCACAAGCUGCCAUGGGAACUGAUCCUCAAGAUCGUUACGCACAUAUCCUCUGUAGACCAGAUUAUAUUCAAGAUGUCAUGUCGCCGCUAUAAUUUCGUCAAUGGCUUCGUCGAUGUCCUCUGGAUCACGCCAGCUGAAAAGAAAGACAUGAGACGCCGUCUCAAGCGUGACACAUUCGGGGCUCUUGCCGCGCUCGAACCGCUCAAUGCCGGCUUGCUCUCUGAGAUGCUUUGUGGUAGCUGCAAGAUGUUGCAUCCAAGAUCAUCCUUCACGGCCCCCGAAGCCUGCAAGCCAACACAUCGACGCAAAUGCAUUGGCGCUGCCGGAACCUUCCAUUUCUGCGAACACUGGAUUCUGGACUUCGAAGCCCUGCACAAGCUAAGCUCGAAUCGAGCGGAUAAUCAGGUCCCGGAGAUCGCCUGCUACGAGUGCUACUUCCGAUUCAUAGUUGGGAUACCGCUCUGUCCCAAUUUCUUCCGCACCAGCAGCGGCGACAUACACACCUUCCGCAUGAUCCUAAACGAGCCAAUUUCUACCCGCCAGCUGCUACGCGCAGAUCUCGAGCAUUACAUGACGCACAACUCGAUAUCCACCCUCUGUCCUCACACCCAGCUCAACGACCCAGCGUUUCUCAACAAGUUAAUGAUGAACCCGCUCGGCACCUCACUGGCUUGGUACAACGACUCCUCAGACUGGCUUGCUAGACCAUCCACCUCGGUGUACGUCGCACGCACAUGCUCCAUCUGCGACAGCACCGUGUUCUGUGGCCAAGUCGUCGGAAAGCGCGGAGGGCGGAUUGUGGCCGGCGUGUACCGCAACCUGGGCACGAUGCAGGACCCGCUGGAUCCGCUCUGGUUGGCACACCAAGACGUACAGCACGCAUCUCAGCCUCUGAGAAGGUCCCACGAGCUUGAUCCGCUGUCACUGGUCGGGCGGGUUGCUGCACGGAGGAUAUGGGACAUGAUCGUAGACUAUCAGGACUGAUGGAGAACGAGCUCGCUGAUAUGACCAAUGCAUGACGUCUAGGUUAACACGCAGCAGGAAUUUACUCGUGAGGAGAAGGAUUCACCGUUCCCUGAGAUGAUUUGCAAAUCUAUGGUGUCUAGCGCUAUUACAAGUCCUACAGAAUCUGCGGUGAGGAAGUUCGUCGCAGCGUUACAUCCGAAUGCAAGUGGGUGGUUACGGAGCACCUGUAGAUGGGCGUUUGUACAGGUUCUCUGCGAUUUUAUAUAAUGACAACCUAAGCCCAUAAAAGUUGGGGUACUUGGCACUAUGCAUCAGGACAUUUCGGCUUCAAAUGUAUGUAGGGUCCCUAUAAUGGUCGGCGCAACAUUCAGUUUCUGCACGAUUUUCUACCCUGCCGAAUGAUGCUACUGAAAGUAGAAAUAGGCUACUCGUACUUGCAAGAUCAGGCCUCCAUCUGAUGAGUUUAUGUGUUUCUCGAGUGGUCUAUUGGUAGACGCACACACAAUGCUAUCCAG